UCGCCGGGCGAGAUGAUGGCGGAGGGCGGCGGCGGCGGCCAGCGGCUCAAGGCGCUGUCCCUACUGGAGGCGGCCCGCUGCCGCUACGAGAGUCUGCAGAUCUCCGACGACGUCUUCGGCGAGUCGGGCCAGGACAGCAGCGGCGGCAACCCCUUUUACAGCACCACCGCCGAGUCCCCCUCGGCCUCCGACGACGACGACGACGAGGGCGACGAGGAAGAUGCGGCGGCAGCGCGCAGAGCUCCAGCCGAGGGCGGACGCAACCACCGGGGCAGGACUGGGGGACGCCGCGCUGCCAAGGCGGCGCCGCCGGCGCAGGGCGGCUCGGAGGCGGCUUGCCCGGGUCCCCUGGAGCCGUCGCAGCCGGAGCAGGAACAGGAGGACGAGGAGGAAGGCGGGAGGGGCUGGAGUCCCAGCCUGAGACACACGCCAACCCCUGCCUUCAAGGAUACCAGCGGCCCGACUUGCAAAAUGCCACUGACUGCCAGUGCCAUGGAUUUCUUCCAACUCUUUGUCCCUGACAACAUACUAAAGAACAUGGUGGUGCAAACAAAUAUGUAUGCCAAGAAGUACCAGGAGCGAUUUGGGAGUGAUGAUGCCUGGAUUGAUGUAACCCUGACAGAAAUUAAGGCUUUCCUUGCAUAUAUGAUAUCCACAAGCACUCACCACUGCGAGUCUGUCCUCAGCAUCUGGAGUAGUGGUUUCUAUAGCAACAAGAGCAUAGCAUUGAUCAUGACCCAGUCAAGAUUUGAGAAGAUCCUCAAGUACUUCCAUAUUGUGGCCUUCCGUUCGAGUCAGACUACACAUGGCCUGUACAAAAUCCAACCCUUUCUGGACUCUCUGCAAAAGAGCUUCGACGUGGCUUUUAAGCCUUCCCAAACCCAGGUACUCCAUGAACCUCUGAUCGAUGAAGAUCCAGUUUUUAUUGCCACCUGCACAGAGCGAGAGUUGCGCAAGAGGAAAAAGCGGAAAUUCAGUCUCUGGGUUCGUCAGUGCUCAUCCACUGGUUUCAUAUGCCAGAUCUAUGUCCACCUGAAAGAAGGAAGUGGGACUGAAGGUCUGGAUGCUUUGAAGAACAAAAACCAGCUCCACAGCAUGGUGGCCAAGAGCCUUUGCCAGAAUGCCACAGGAAAAAACUACAUUAUCUUCACAGGCCCCAGCAUCACCAGCCUGAAUCUCUUUGAAGAGUUUGAGAAGCAAGAUAUUUAUUGCUGUGGGUUGCUAAGUGCAAGAAAAAGUGACUGCACGGGCCUUCCUUCAUCUAUGCUAAACAACUCAGAUGCCCCUCAGUCCCGAGGACAAUACAGGAUAAAGAUGAAGGGAAAUAUGUCCCUGAUCUGCUGGUACAAUAAAGGCUAUUUUCGCUUUUUGACCAAUGCUUAUUCUCCAGUUCAGCAAGGUGUUAUAAUUAAGAGGAAAAGUGGAGAGAUUCCUUGCCCGCUGGCAGUAGAAGCUUUUGCUGCUCAUCUUAGCUAUAUUUGCAAAUAUGAUGACAAAUACAGCAAGUAUUUCAUUUCUCAUAAACCGAACAAGACCUGGCAGCAAGUGUUCUGGUUUGCCAUCAGCAUUGCCAUAAACAAUGCCUACAUCCUGUACAAAAUGUCCGACUCCUAUCACGUGAAAAAGUACAGCCGAGUGCAGUUCGGUGAGAAACUUGUCAAGGAGCUUCUGGGCUUGGAGGAUACUUCACCUUGUCAUUGAUGGAGCAGGCGGUGUGGAUUAGGUCAGGAGUGGAGAGGGAAGAAGAGGAGGAGGAGACGACUCUGGAAUGCCAAAAUGGGGGAACUUGCACAUCACACCAACCACGUGUGGUCCCGCAACAACAUUACCAGGGAAGCCACUUGACCGCCGGGGCUUUGCCGAAGGCCCUGCUGCUCGUCAAAGGGGCCUAACGAGAACACCACAUGACAGUGGAGCAUGUGGAGGUGUGAAGGGCGCUCGCCCAUCAGAAGUGCAAUUCCGUUAGUAACUAUUUAAUCCAAUUUGUCAAACAGGGUGUUAGUUGUAAUGGGAGCCCCUUUCCCUGCCCACCCCCCACUCUUCCCCACUAAAGCAGCUCAGCCAUUUGGAGCAGGCAUGGCAGCAAAACAUAUUCCUUGCCGAAGCCGUGUGUGACCAGCACACGGUGCAAAUGCUUGGCAUCGUCUGGGGCUGAGCGUGCUCCGUGCGUGGUGAGGGGCCACCACGAAGAGGUCUCCAGAAGAGAAAUAUUUCAAAGUGUAUAGAUUUAUUUUGCUAGCCUAUAAUUAGGCAAUGGCAACUGAGACUUAGUGGACUGAUGAAGAUUUUAUUUUCUUGCAAUGGUUUGGAUUGGAGGAAGGGAUAUAAUUUAGGGCAAAAUAAAAACUUUUAUAAAAAAUGUAAACAAAUGGUCAGGAAGUGGAGGGUUUACCAGGCAAAACUAAAGUCAUUUUUGCACCUUGGGAGUCCAUGUGAAUUUCAGGUUCAUUGCAGUGAUGCCAUAACAAAAGUAUAAGAAAAGUUCUUUAAUUGCAACCACAACACAUUCCCUUCCCAGCAUCAUACAAUCAAAUAACCGAUUUCACUUUUAUUUUAGCUGGAUGCUUGUUUCCCCUGAAGAGUUGCAAAAGCAUAUUUGGGAACCAGAGCUCACCUUGCAGGCACAGAAGGGCCCUUGUGUGCUGCAACGUGUGAACAAAUGGGUGCAGACCCUCGCAGCACAAGGGAAGCAGAGACCUCUCUUUUCCGCCUCACAAAAUGCUGCUGCAUGUGAGCAAACCAGGCAUCUUAUGAACUGGGCACAGAGCAUAGAAAGUGGGGCUUCCCACUGAUCCUUCCCACUGCAGCUGCAAACACAGCGGGGCCUUUGUAGGAACUCUCUAUGCUCAUCCUACUAGGCACAUGUAAUACUCCGUUGCGUGAGAAAUUCUUCUGAUUGGGCCCAUAAUGUGAUGUGCUACUUUCCCCCUUAUUUUCUUAUCCUGCCCAGUCAAGACUGAUUCACUAUAUAUUUUGAUGUACUAUUUGCAUAAAUGUGGCAGGAAAGUUCCCCACAGGAAGGAAUAGGUUAUGCGAUAUAGCACACUUAGGCCAUUCGGUAGCACAAACUAGAGCUGGAGACUGCUGGUCAUAGUUAUACAUUUACAAAAUGACACACCUAGAAAAAUAAGUAUUUUGGUUUUUCAAAAAGGCUAAGCUGGCACCCACCAUCCUCCCAAGUGCAACAUGCUUGUGCGUGUCCAUGCGCAUCAGGUAGAGCGAUUUGAGCUUAGGGCACCAAUGAUCAGUAGCUGGAAGAUUCAACAGUAGACGGUUAUGCACUGGAGGAAGUGAAGAAAGAAGCACGGGGCAUCCAUGGACAAACACACAGAGUGUGCUUGUUCUUCGAUUCCACAUCAUUAAUUGCAAAUUAAAUUUAUAGCCCAUAAAUUAAAAAAAUGAAUAAGGGUACCAUGUUAUUUUCUUCCUGAAAUCAGUGCAGCUAACAGUUGAAUCCAUGAAGCAGUCUGGGCCCGUUGCCUCUUGUGGCACUGAGAAAUACUGCUCUCUCUUACAUAUGCAUUUGCACUGGCAAUGAUAAAAUAAAAGGAAAGUGAAAAAGGACAGUCUGACAAAGUGCAUGAUUCAGGUUAUCUUGUUUAUGGGUGGCAUCCUGUAAGAGGAGUAGAAAUCUAGUUUAUGUGAAUCUAGAGCUAGGAAUGCAUGUUGAUAUGGCCAGGCAAAUGUAAUUCUCUCCUAAAACCAGACUGCAAACAGUACUUAUCUCCUAAAACUAGACCACAAUGUCUCAAAAUAAGCCAUUGUGACAGAAUUGGGAUUCUUGUUUGCUAUUUCUGAAACAAGGGGUUGAGGCAGAUUGUUAAAGCACAUUAGUUCAUGUUUACUCUUUUUUAAAAAAGAGCUUUCCCAAAGAGCAUUUUUUGAUUUGCUUGAGAAAUAGCCAAAUGCAUCUAUGGUUUUAAGAUUGACCUGCCAGGUUUGGUAAUAGUGAUUUAAUACUGGUAGCCGAUCUGCAGAUAAGCAGCAGUUUUCCAAAGGAAAGCUGCAGGUCUGUUGCGGCAAAAACAGCAGAGUCUGAUGGCAUAGUAAAAAUGUGUCCUAAGUUUUGGGAGGCUAAAGCUGACUUCCUCCAUUAUCCCCAAAAGUGUUUUCUUCAAUAUGGAGCAUUUGCAGGCAAAGCAACUUGGCUGGACCAUAAUCCUCCCACAUGCAAAGAGUUGAUACACAUUCCCAGAGCAUCUUAAAAGCUAUCACGUCACACGUCUUACUCAAAAUGGCACAAGCAAUGCAGAGUUGCCACAUGACUGUAUCCUGGCAUGAAAAAAUGGUGCACCACAAAAAUACGCAACGUGGCCAUGACUUCCUAUCUUAUGAGACACUUCAGAGUAGCCUUUGGUGGUGGCGAUGAAGCUCACGUGUAGCUACUGAGCAGCCUUCCCCAAUCCGGUGCCCUCCAAAUAGUCAGGUCUGUAACUGUCGUUCUUUGAGUGGUCACUGGUGCAUCCACACAUACCAGCCGUGCGCCUGCGUGGGGCCUGUUGCCAGGAAGAUUCUACAGCUAGAUGUUAUAUUGGGUGGAUGCCCCUCCCUUUCAGUUUUUUCUAUCAAUGGGAGGGGUUCUGCCCAUUCCAUUGAGACUGUCUGUAGGUCCCAGGACUCAGGGGGGAGUGUUGUACCGCCCUGGUCCAGCCCCUGUGCCCCCCCUCCAAAAGGGAGGCUAGCUGUCUUCAGUUUGACACCCGGUCAGUGGGCCAGUGGGUGGUUUGUGUAAGUGCACAGACGACCACUCAAAGAAUGGCAGUUACUUGCAGGCAACCCAACUUUGCUCUUUGUAGUCUCCAUCCAUCACACACAUGGGUGACUAGCAAACAUCCUGGGGAGGAUGGUGGGGUGAUAUCAUCUCCAGAGGGUCACAGAGAGGACUGUUCUGCCAAAGGGGCAGUCUGCCCUUGCCCAGAUGUUCAGCCUUCAUGGCUGGACGAACAUUGAAGGGGUGGACCAUGUAGCUGCUCUGCAAAGGUCCUGCACAAGAAUUCCCAUGUGGAGGGCUGUGGACAUCAUCGCCAUCACUCAUGUGCAGUGGGUUCUUGGAUGGGCCAAGAGUUGAAGACCAGCCAGCUCAUAGGCUGGGGAGAUGGUGCUUGUGACCCGGACUGCUAGUCUCUGCAGAUAAAGGAGGGCUUCAGCCCCCUUUUGGAUGAGCUUGUGUAGAGAUCAGAGGAUGUGCUCGAUCACGGUGUCCUGUGUAUCGAGCACCUCCUGUUGCACGAAGGUGGUGAAUGCCUGCCAUUUGACUAGGUAAGAUUUCUUGCUGAUGGUUUCAGGGCAGCAUUGAGGGUGGCUCUCUCACCCUGUGGUGCAGUGAAAAGUGGAAAUGAAGUUCAUGGAGAGAUGGUGGCUGAGUGGGAGCCAAAUAGUAGAAAGUGGUAGGAAGAAAUCCUGCAAAAUACUCGAGUUGAGGAGAUCUAGGCAUGGAGAUGGUUGAAAAGGAACUGAGGGAAUGGGAACCAACCCAUUCUGGGAACAGGGAACAGGAAGGGGAGUGGCCCGCACCCAAAUAAACAUUUAGUUGUAAAAUCUUCCCAACAAUAGGCUCCACAGAGCCCCAGGGACCAUAUCUGUGAUGCAUAGAGACCACAAAGAAGUAACUUUGGUUAGCAACUCCCAGGAUCCUUCAACCAGGCUAGAGGGUUAUUUCAGUUCAGGCAUCAUCUCUUGAAUGGCCUCCACACACCAAGGGUGCUUCCAAUUGUGGAUUUUUGCUGUGCAAUCAGCCUGCCUCAAAGAUGGAACUUUAAGAAGCAUCCAGACAAUGAUGCCUUCCAUUUGUAACCCUCCUGCAAUUUCCCAUCCAUCUGUUGGAUUUUUCUUUUAACCACAAAAAUCUUAAGGUGGAAAAAGCAGAAUGACAACACAGUAUCUUUUGAGCAGUAGGGGCAGGAGCCAUCCUUCUUAAGCCACCCUAAGAUCACCCACCAUUGUGAGCUUUCUGUUGAGAAUGCAGCUUCUUUUAUGGUCCUAGUGGCUGCUAAGGGAAGAAAAUCCCUCAAGCACUUCUACCCAGUCUAAUGGGGGAAAAAUCAUCCAAAGCCAAAAUAAUAGUUUGCUGUCCAAUAGUUUGCUGGUACAAAACAGUAGGGCUAGCCCUGACAACCCAAAUUCUGCUCUCGAUAUCGCUCAAACUGCAUGCAGCCUGCUGUUUUUUCCAAACACAGACACUUUGUCCACUGGCUAAAGGAAAGGUAAACUUGUUGAGGCAUCUCUUCUGACCAUCAUCUAUAGCUCUCUCACCUCCCAUGUGGGCACAUCUAUGGACCGGAUUGUAUCAGCAAUCAUUUGUCAAGUUCAGAUAUUGCCUCAGGACAACCCAUGUGGCUUUAGCAUGAAACCCAUGAAGACAUAAAUGCAGAUUGGCUCUCCACAGCUUGCUCUGGUCCUCAGUUCCUUUUCAGGUAUAGCCAGAAGCAAGCAAGAACCAGCAAUAAUUUUUUGCUUUCUGGUUAUUGGUGACAGGAUGUAGGAACGCUGCUUUUCCUUCCUUAGAAAGCAUCUUUUCAGUUGUUCUUUUGCAUAUCAUUCUUCCCCAAGCUGACACCCUCCAGAUGUGUUGGGACUGUGAGUUUCCUAAUUCCCAGCCAACAUAGCCAUAAUAUCCAUGUGCUGAUGGGGACAGCUGAUGUGCAUUGCCUUCUUAUUUAAAACCAUGUUGCCUUCUUGUGGUAGCUUUGCUUUUGCAGAUUUCCCUUCUUGCAAAAUGCUUUGGUGGUUCUUCCACAGCAAAACCAUGUUUCUGUUGCUCAAAAGCACUACAUCUGGACUGAAUUGGUUGAAGCACAUUUCUCCAGCCUAGAGCCAUUCAGAUGCCUUGGUCUAGAACUCCCCUCAUCCCGAGGCAGCCUGAUCAGUUGCCUCCUUGCUGAGGGUGAUCUCAACGCAACUGGAAGGCCCCAGGUUAAGGAACACUCACGCUUCAAGAGUCCAAACUGUGUUACCAUUCCAUUAACUCUGAAUACUAGUAACAGUAUAGUAACUAUACUAUACUAGUAACUUGUAGUUGUAGCUGUUAGCACUACUACAAGUUUUAAGACCAAUAGCAAAAUACGCACUAAGAUGAAUUUAAUACUCCACAGUCCACCUUAAAUCUGGUGGUGUGGACAGAAAAAGCCAUUCAUAGUUCCUUUCUUACCAUCUUGCUUUAUUUCAAAAACAUGCUUAAACUGUAUCAAGGGCUAACGAAUGUACAUCUAAAUUCCAGUCACUUAAAUCUGUCAGAGCAAAACCAACAAACACCCUAGUCAAGUACGCAUGCAUACCUGCCACUGAGACUUAAUUGCUGGGUAUCAUACGCAAGGCAGAGUUGUAUGGUGUGGAUCCCAUUGCAAAAGAGGCCAGUUGUGCAUGUGAAAGGCUGGUCAAAUAAUAGGCAAUAGCUGUUGCUGGGGUGGGGGCUGGAUUUAGUCCCCUGAUCCUUCUUCCCCCAACCAUCUGAGCAGCACUGAGUAUUGUUGAAGCAGAACUACAACCGCCUUGCCCAGCGACACUGUACCUAGGGCUGGAUCAGGAUCUACCUUUACAUUUUGCUCCGUGAGAUGUCCAGCUAGUACAGGCUUCCCCAAAAAGGUGUGCUCCUAGUCUAUGCAGCUGAAGAGUCCAAGUCACAGAGAGCUGCAAUAGUUCAGCAACUCAUCUGUAAAGGCACCACUAAUGUAAAACUAGAGGACGAGUGCUGUACUAUCGAGAUGCCCCUGAACUCAGAGGCUUACACUUACCCGAUGCAGUGCAAGAGAUCUUUGUCUCCUCGUCCUCCUGUAUGACUCUUUUGCCUAUCUAACUGCAGCAUCUCAGGAGGGGAGCGAAGGAGACUGGAGUGGCUUUGGGCGACUUCCCCACUCUGCCCCCUGAAAUGCUCACUUGUACCCUCUUCAAGGUCACUCUUCUUCAGCAAGCAGCUACUGAGGUGCUGGCUGCAAGGAAGAGAGAGUUGGAGUGCCACUUCCUGGCUCUGAGGUCAAAGUAUGGUCUCCCACCUCAGAUAUGGGAAUCCAAGACCCGAAAAACCCACAAUACCUCACGUGCUAUCUGUGGCCCAGAGCCCCACUCCCCCUAAGAUCUUGAGUGCUUGCAAAGUGCAAGAUAAAAGACAGAUGCCCUGCAGUUCAGCACUUAUAUAACACUGGCCAUCUAUAUAUAACAAGCGGAAUAGGAUCUGCUGUUCUAAGCAGGUGAUCAGUGAGCAAGAUCCUUGCUUGCAUCUGAGAGUUACUCAACAAAGGAAAUCAGGAUGGAGGUUUGGAUUCAACAGGCAUGUGAGAAGACCCUCUACUAUCAUGCAAUAGUGAACCCUCUCCAUCCUCUCCUCUUGCCUAGGAUUCCAUGCUUGCAUCCCAAAUCUGCUCUGGAGGGUCCACCAUUUGGGGGACAGGGGGAAAAUCCAUUCUGGUGAAAUGUCACCUCUGGAUGCAAUCUGUAGUUAUGAUUUUUGGGUCGAGCACCACUAAAAGUAGAGUUGACAAACCAGUUACGAUGGAAGGGAGCAAAGUGGCUGUCACAUUUGGGUGGCUUGUUUUUCAUCCUGUUGCUCAGAUCCAGAAAGGGACGUGCCACUGUAGAGGACUCAGGUAUGCAUAAACCGUGGAGAUCUGGAUCUGUUUCUCCAACUAUAUACUGAGACAUGCAGACUCCAAUUGAUGGGGCCUGAUGUAUCUUUAAAUGCAGGUGUGCAAGGACUUCUAUAAUCUGACACUCUGUUGCAGUUGUAGUCCAAAACUUUUGGAGGGCGCCAAGCACACAGCAGAUUAGCCUCCAAGUACUGGGCCACAAAGCACUAAGAUAAUCUCUUUACACUUGUUUAUUUUGCACUGCUGCCCUAAUAUUAUUGCAAAAUCGGUGUUGUACUGUAACUCAUUAUGUUUUAGAAAGCAACUAUAAAUGUUGGCUAGGA